AUGCGGCCUUCCCUUGCUGUGCUGGCAGCUGCGCUGCAGGCAACUGUCGGCGCGGCCUCGAGCUUGACGCCGCCUGUCUUACCCUUGAUUGUCCGAAACCCAUACCUGAGCACCUGGCUAGGCAAUGCGCGCGAUGUCCCUUGGUCAACAUGGCCCAUGUUCUACACUGGGCAGGAACUGGGCCUGGGAUUGCUGGCUCAGAUCCCGAGUACCGACACUGUUUAUCCACUGCUGGGCAAGCCCCAUGAGAGUCUGCCAGAGUCAAUAUCAUUUGAAUAUCCUACCUAUCUUGGAGCGAAUUACGAUGCGUCUACCACGAAUCUAACUUACAGUAUCACUUACAACACCGCCUCUGCUCCACUUAAUAUCACCGUCUCGUUCCUAUCUCCCAUAACGCCGACAUCGACUCUGCGGCAGUCGAUUCCAGCUUCGUAUCUGACUGUAUAUGUAGAGAGUGAGGCGACUGUGAACAUAUACCUGGAUAUCAAUGGUCAUUGGGUCAGCCAUGACCCAGCCAGCAAGAUCACUUGGCAGUUCGAGACGGAGCGGGCUUCUCUAGAAACUCCACCAACCCUCCAGAGAUGGACCUUGCAAAAAGAAAACCAGUUGCUUCUCUCCGAGCAACGUGAUAGAGCGGAAUGGGGCGCUGUUCACCUUACUGGUCCAGCUGAUGUCCAAUACCAGUCCGGUGCCGCUUCAUCAGUGAGGCGUACAUUCGCUGCGCGAGGCUCCUUGACCAAUGUAAACGAUGAUGGUUUCCGGUCAAUAGGCGACCGAGAGCCUGUCUUCGCCUUCUCCAAGUCCUUUGUGCCUUCUCGAAAGUCCGGCAUAACAACCGACAGCGUCACCUUCACCAUAGCCCUAAUUCAAGAUCCAGUCGUGCAGUACGCCUCAGCGCGCGGCUUGACCUUGAUGCGGCCCCUCUGGAAGUCCUGGUUUGACAGUACCGAGUCGCUGUUAAGCUUUCACUACUACGACUUCGCCAAUGCCGCAUCAUUGGCAUCUAAUUAUUCCACUCAACUGGCCGAAGAUGCUUACCAGUCGGGCGCCCAGGACUAUGUUGAUAUUGUCGCUCUUUCAGCUCGACAGGUUAUGGGCGCGACAACCUUCUCUGGUACCCCGGAAGACCCAAUCUUAUUCCUAAAGGAGAUCUCUUCCAACGGAAACUUCCAGACCAUCGAUGUCAUCUUCCCUUCAUUCCCGUUCUUCCUCUAUACAAACCCGCGCUGGCUUGCGUAUCUCCUGGAGCCCUUGAUCGAGCACAUGUUGAGCGGACAAUACCCUAACAAAUACGCUAUGCAUGAUCUGGGAACGCACUUCCCCAACGCCACUGGGCAUCCUGACGGGAGGGACGAGUAUAUGCCGGUGGAAGAGUGCGGAAAUAUUCUCAUCAUGGGUCUGGCGAUUGUAAACUCGAUGCUCUAUGAUAAUGAUUCCGCUGCGUCCUCCAUCUGGUCAACGCAGGGUGAAGCCAUGACCGUGAAUGAUGGAGUCUUUCCUCUAAGCGAGUUCCAAACUCUGUCGGGGAUUGAGCUACAAGAUGGGAAAUGGGGCGGCGCCGCCACCGGCCGUAGCCAAGCUGAAGCGUGGAUUCAGCGCAGCUACCGGCUUUGGAAGCAAUGGACCGAGUAUUUGAUUGAGUACUCGCUGGAACCUGAGAGGCAGCUCUCUACCGAUGACUUCGCCGGCUGGCUUGCGCUUCAAACAAACCUAGCUCUAAAAGGCAUUAUCGGCAUCAACGCUAUGAGUAAACUGGCUGAAAUCGGCGGAUACUCUGAGGACGUCGCAUACUACAAGAACAUCUCCGACACUUACAUCACCAAGUGGGAAGAGCUCGGCAUGUCUCGAGACAACACCCACGCGAAACUCUCAUACAACUGGUACGGCUCCUGGACAACAAUCUACAACCUCUACGCCGACGCCCAACUCUGCUUCCACCUCGAAAACACACCCCUCGACCCAUCCCCACCCUCCUUCCAGCAAGAAGACACCGAACAAACCCCUCUCCACCCCACCAAACCAUCCCCAAAGAAGGAAACUGCCGGCUUCGUCCCUCACCACAUCUACACCAAACAGUCAAACUGGUAUCACGCUGUGCGCCAGAAAUACGGCCUCCCACUGGACAGCAGGCAUCUGUACACAAAGACCGACUGGGAGUUCUUCGCAGUCGCCGUCGCAUCGCAGCACGUCCGCGCAGAGAUCCUCGAGUCCGUUGCCAAAUGGGUCAACGAGACCUCCACCGACUUGCCGCUCACAGAUCUCCACGAGACAGAGGGAGAGGGCGGAUUCCCCGGUCCAAAUUUCUAUGCGCGGCCCGUUAUCGGUGGCCAUUUUGCGUUUUUGGCGCUGCAGAGGGCUUGUGGUGGGAAAGCAGUUGAGGGAUUGAGGUUUUUGGACGAGGGUGAUGAGGGGGAUUCUCCUUUCGUUUCUGAUGGAGUUGCGUAUGAUGAGGGGAUUGUCAGGCAGGAUCUGUGA